AUGGGUAUCUUAAACUGGGGAUUUAGAAGUAACAUCAAAAUUCAUCAAUGUCAAGAUGAAAAAUCAAUUCAAUUAAUAACCAAAAAAGAUGAUAAAAUCAAAUUCUCCGAAUUUGUCAAGGAUAAUUUAAGCUUAAUCGAUGAAUCCAAGAAAUUAUGGUUAAACCCACUUUUAUUUAAUGGGUCUUUACAAACCUUAUAUUAUACAUCUGCUGAUAGUUCCAAAAAAUUCCAAAUUUAUUAUGGAAGAGAAUUAUUUACAUAUAAUGAUGGAGGGAUUUGUUCAUUAGAUUGGGUGAUCCCAAAACCGGAAUCCAAGGAUGAAUUUAAGGAGUUGGUGAAGAAAACUUUACCUGAGGGGUUCCCAAAAUUACAUCCACGUACUAGAUAUUUCACUCCAGAAGAAUUAGAAUCCCGUCAUGUCGUCGAUGAAGAAUCCACCACGCCAAUAGUUGUGAUUUUCCAUGGAUUAGCGGGGGGCAGUCAUGAAGCUUUAAUUCGUAAUUUAGCAGAAUCGAUUCAUAAGAAUUGUAAUGAUUGGGAUACUGUGGUUGUGAAUAAUCGUGGGUGUUGUCGUACAAAAAUCACCACGGGUGCUUUGUUUAAUGCUGGAUCUACUGGAGAUAUUAGAGAAGUACUUGUUGAUUUCAAAAAGAGAUAUCCUAAUAGACCAAUCUAUGCUGUUGGAUUUUCAUUUGGUGCUGCCAUGCUUUCGAAUUUCUUAGGUGAGGAGGAGCAAGAAGAAGAAAAGGGUGGCUCUGGAUUAGUUAAAGCAGCAUGUGCGGUUGGAUGUCCUUGGGAUUUUGUUGAUAGUGCUUAUCAUAUUGAAAAUUCCUGGACGGGGAAAUAUUUAAUUAAUCCAGCCAUAACUCAAUUUUUAAUUAAAUUAGUCAAGAAUAAUAGUGUAGAAUUCAACAAUCAUAAUCCUCAUUUUGCUGAACAAAAUGUUGUUGAACAAGCAUCCAAAGCUAAAACCACUUGGCAAUUUGAUAAUGCAAUCACUUGUAAGACUACUCCAUAUGCUAAUGCAUUUGAAUAUUAUCGAGAACUUUCUCCAGCUAGAAGACUUCAAAAGAUUAAGACUCCAUUAUUAAUGAUUAAUUCAACUGAUGAUCCUGCUGUAGGUACAAGAUUACCUAUUCUUGAUGCAAAGACUAAUCCUUAUUUGUGUUUGGUUGAAACUGAUUUAGGUGGACAUUUAGGGUUUGUUAAGAGUAGUGGUGAAUUCUGGUGUGUUGAAGUUGUUGAACAAUUCUUUCAAAAGUUCCAAGAAGUUAUUAAUUAG